AUGGCCGCGUUGCGACAGCCUGCUCGGCAGUUGCGCCUCGGCGCGCGGACGCUGCAGACGUCGCUCUCCGUCUCUACUGUAGCUCCGAUAUCUUCACUCUCGAUCCAGUGUCACCGUGGCCUGGCCACUGCGGUGCAGGCGCCGCCCGUCACCCAGGACAACCAUGGCUCCAAAGGCGCGACGGCCAUGGUCUUCCUCAACAUGGGCGGCCCGUCGACAACGGACGAGGUUGGCGACUUUCUCAGCCGAUUAUUUGCCGACGGCGACCUGAUCCCUCUCGGACGCCUGCAGAACUACAUUGGCCCCUUCAUCUCGCGCCGCCGCACCCCCAAGAUCCAGAAGCAGUACGCUGCCAUUGGCGGCGGCUCGCCCAUCCGCAAGUGGUCCGAGUACCAGUGCGCCGAGAUGUGCAAGCUGCUCGACCGCCUGUCGCCCGAGACCGCGCCGCACAAGCCCUACGUCGCCUUCCGCUACGCCAACCCGCUCACCGAGCACAUGUACCGCCAGCUGCUGGAGGACGGCUUCGGUGGCGGCCGCGGCGGCCGCGCCGUUGCGUUUACGCAGUACCCGCAGUACUCGUGCUCGACCACCGGCAGCAGCCUCAAUGAGCUGUGGAAGUGGCGCCAGCGGCUCGAGGGCAAGCGGAGCGGCGGGGACCCGUCGACCAAUGCCCGUCUCCAGGACGGCUCCAUCGCCUGGAGCGUCAUCGACCGCUGGCCCGUCCACCCGGGUCUCGUGGAGGCGUUUGCCGAGAACAUCGAGGCCAAGCUGGCCGAAUACCCCGAGGCGCGGCGCAAGGACGUUGUCCUCCUCUACUCGGCCCACAGCCUGCCCAUGACCGUCGUCAACCGCGGCGAUCCAUACCCGGCCGAAGUCGCCGCCACCGUCUACGCCGUCAACCAGCGCCUCGGCUUCUCCAACCGCUACCGGCUGUGCUGGCAGUCGCAGGUUGGCCCGCAGCCCUGGCUGGGCCCGCAGACCCAGUCCAGUGUCGAGCAGUACAUUGCCCAGGGCCAAAAGGACCUGGUCCUGAUCCCCAUUGCCUUUACGUCCGACCAUAUUGAGACGCUCUACGAGCUCGACGAAGAGGUCAUUGGCGAGUCUGGCCACAAGGACACCGUCAAGCGCGUCGAGAGUCUGAACGGCAGCCCGACGUUCAUCAACGCCCUCGCUAGCCUGGCCCACAGCCACCUGCAGAGCGGCACCGCCUGUUCGGCGCAGAUGAGCCUGCGGUGUCCCGGCUGCAAGAGCGACCGGUGUUUGGAGUCCAAAAACUUCUUUGCCGCGCAGCAGUCAAGGGUAUAA